AUGUCGAGUGAUGCGGUGGAUGGCUUCUACCUUUUGGGAGGAUUUGGUUCCAGCACCGUCACCUUGUAUUUCUACGACCGCCAGGCGAAUGCAUGGUCCACAUUGACGGACAAUUCGGGCCCUAUGCGCCGAUAUGGGUACACCGCUGGCUGGAGUGAGAGCGACGAUGGGCUCUAUGUCUUUGGGGGCCAGGAUUGGUCCACCUAUUCCCACCUCAAUGACUUCUGGUUCUAUAGCCGCCAGGACAACACUUGGCAGGAGGUGAUCUGGUGGGGUUUUCCUUCUGUUCGGAGAGAGGCCGCCAUUGUGACGAACAAUGAAACAAAUGAACUCUAUAUCUUUGGGGGGGCUUUGCAGAAUGGGACACAUCUCAAUGACUUAUACGUCUACCGCAAUUGUGGAUCAACUUGCGAGACCAGUCUUACAGCCACGACAAGUAUGACGUCAACUUCGACGUCACAGACCUCCACUACACUGAGCAACACGUCCACAAGUGCGACUUUGACGACUACGACAAUCACAUCAACGAAGACGAGCUCAUCAACCACAGCCAGUGAGACAUCCACCUCGAAGUCCGAGACUAGCUCGACAACCACAGUCAGUUGGACUUGGACUUCGACGUCCAAGUCGCAGACUGCAACUACGGUGACCUCAACGUCUACAAGUCAGACAUUGUCGAGCUCAACGACCUGGACCCAGUUCAGUCCGCGGAACUUCUCGCAAGACGUCAGCGUGGGCGAGGUCGUCGAUGAGCUCGAUCGCGGUGCCCAGUGGCUCGCGAGUCAGCUCAGCGACAGCAACGAGGGACAAGUUCUGGAGACCAGCCUCGGAAACAUGACUGCCAUGGCGUUAGUGAAUGCCACCAGCGCUGGGACUUAUUCGCUCUUUCUUCCAGAUCUGGAAGCUGGCGCAGCCUUUCCACCGGAGGUCUUGGGUGGAGAUCAAGUGCUUGUCCUGACUGCGUUCAAUGAAGAGGUGACGGGCAGCUUAGGGGUGCCUGAGGAGAAUGGCCAGCCACUGGCCAGCGUGGGCCUCCCUGCUGUGGACGUGUCGAUCAUGCGCACCCGCACCGGCAGGACCUGGGAAAAGGCCAGCAUUCGCACCGAGAGCCCCAUCUUUGUGCAGUUGUCCAAGAAUGCCACACCAGGGCCUUCUUGGGUCUGCGCCUUCCAGGAGGGCAACGGGACCUGGUCCACAGAAGGCCUUCAUAUGGCGACUCCAGAAGAACUUCGAGCUUCGUUUGGCGUCGAAGUUCCAGGUGUGUGGUGCGUCACCUACCACCUCACUUUUUUCGGUGUCUUUGACGCCCUGCUGGAUUGCACAAAUGCCAACGUAUUGUCCCAAGAAGGUCUGGCGGAGAUCCAAAACCUCAAGAUCACUCGUCUACCGGCCGCAAGCUUCUUCCUCUUGGUCCUGUGUUUGUGGCUUCUCCUCCUCUUUGGCUUUGCACAAGACCGGAAGCACGGGCGGACAGGACUUUGGCGGGAUCAGUUCUUGCUGCUCGAAGUGCUGCCAGUGACAAAGCGGUCCAACUCAAAGCGUGCAGCUGAGAGCGAGCAAGCAGAUCGCAGCACCGUCAACGAUGCAAACUCCAAGCUGCAAUCCAUUCAAGAGAAGAUCCGGACAAAACGGAGCCUGUCCAAGAUGCAAGAGCGUGUGCUUGUGCAAAAUACCCUUCGGGAAGCUUCACUGCGGCAUGGCCUCACCAUCAGUUGCAUUGAGCAGCACAUCUGGGGUGAGAAUGGUUGGGUCCAAGGUAGUCCAUCGCUGGAAAACUCCUCUGUGCUGAAAGCCAUGAAAGCGGACAUGGUUGAAACUCUGCCGUAA